CGGCACGAGUCGCUAUUCGGCUUGUCCCGGACUAACACGAGUUGGUCACGAAUGGACAGGUGCCUAUUUGAGCAACACGUGCUGAAGCUCGCAUGUGCACAAUGAACCAACUCUACAAAUAGCAUUGUUGUCAUAUCAUGCCGAAAUAAUUUGAAUCGGGUCGCGCGCCAACGAUGAUGAAUACGAAAACGACAGACAGGAAGCGGACACACUGUCGUAAUGGAUUCGACUGACGAUGAGCCAAGCCACGCCAAAGCGCACCAGACUGACAGACAUGGCGCCGGCGCAAGGACUUGCAACUGGUGCAGAAAUGGACACAGACCCACCCGAUUCUGACUCUGGAGAGCAGAGCGAUGACCCAUCCAUGCAAGACCGUAAAAACCGCCAACUCAGUUCAAGAACGGGUCGAGGUCGCGCUUACAUAACUGGUGUAAGUGGAGGCACAGUGAAGAACUCUACAGUUAUAGGAAGUGUGAUCGACAGCUCAGUGAAUGUACAUAAUCCUAAAAGUGUCUACAUCAAGAACCAAGCACCAUCUUUAGCAAUGCAAGUUUCAGUUAGAAACAGAAAUGAAGAAUUUUUGAGCAUAUGGACUAAUGGUAUGAUAAAAACCAAAGCAACUGAAAUACUUAUUGACAAUAAGAUUGGUAAAGGUGCCGGAUGCAUCACGUGA